GGAAAACGCGACUCGAGCUCUAUAUGUUGUGACAUCCUUCAGACCUUGAUCAGUGCUUCAUAAAACAAGUGGUGCACAUGAUUUAUUUCCAAAAUGAUUGUGAAAAAUCAUAGAAUGUUGCUAAACGUCUUCAUUUGGUUCAUCAUUGCUGCUAACGCUGAGUCUGGUCGUAUUGGAAAACUUUCAAAACAUUUAACAAAUACAACAAAUCCGAUAGACAAUUUAAAUGGUAUCGCUUCUAUUUUUUCGCCUCGUAUGGACUUCGAUCAAUGGAAACCAUUGACAGGACGCGGUGAUCCUUUACGUAAUGAUCCUACAUAUGAUUAUGAGCCUCCUGUACUCGAAAGAGUUCAUUAUUGGGCCGACGAAGCUCACAUUCAACCAGAGAAUUACCCGGAAAGGAAAUCUGAAGUUUUGGUGUUAGGUGUCUCAUCUCGAAAACCGAGUGUUGCUUCUAGACCACAGGCACCCAUCAGAAGGCUCCCACGACCAUCUGUAUUUCCUUCUAAGUAUGAAGACUUUUCUUACAAAUUUAGUGAUCAUUACCCGAUGACUAUACUUGUACCACCUCCUCCGCCUCCCAGUCAUCAACCUUCACUAUACGUUGAAGAAAAAUUAUCAAGACCUACGAGUCCUCCAAUACUACUUGACGGACUUACAGCAGCCAGAGAAUCUACACCCAAACCUGAGAUAUUGACUUCGUUUGCUCUUCAGGAAUCUAAUCUGAUUUACCAAUCAUCUACAAUAAAACAAAACCGGUACAACAACUAUAAUAAAACUACAAAUUUACCAAACAAUACUGUAAGUAGCGACUACGCAGGAUGGGGUCCUACUACACCUUUUGAGGAUUUUAAUGAAGCUCAUAACAUUAUAUCUUACACAGAUAAUCAUAACUAUGAAUUUUCCAAGCAACCUCUUUCUUAUUAUAAGCCGAUGUUAUCCGAAGCGCCUCCACCACCGCAAACAUCGUUUUAUUCAUCGGAUAUGCCUACUUUUUUACCAACAGUUUUACCUGUAACAGUAUCAACAGUUGAUAACACACAAGAUAUAUGGUCUUCUAUGGAAACCACAACAGAAAUAUCCACUGAAAAUCACAUUAUUGACGUUGAAACUACUACUGAAAAUGUUAUGAAUUAUGUAUCUCAGUCUACACAGGCACCCUUAUCAGCACCAAGUUCUAAUAUAAUUGAUAUGUUAGGUUCAAUGAUAUCAAUGCCUAUGAUUACAGAUCCUGAUAGACCUGAAGAUAAUUUGUACGCUCAUGCAUCAGAUUCUAUACAUAUUUUUAAAACUCCACCAACAGAAGAUUCUGUUAAUUUAGAACUUAUGCAGACUAUGCAACCACCCCCACCUAUAAAAACCCCUGAAAGUUCAACAGCGCCUUCGAGACAACAAUUUCAUAUAAAUUCUCAUAUUUUAAAUAGCCUACUUCAUGAAAAACCGAUAACACACACACAUGAUCCAUACUUGCACAUGCGUUUUACAACACCAAUUCCGACUACUUUAAAGAUAUCUCAAGAUAUAAAAUCUACAACUGAAAUACCAUCUAUACCUACGUAUUUAAUUAUACAAGGACAUUCUAAAGUUAAAACCUAUGGAUCGAAGCCAAAACCGGAUAGCGGUGCUGCUAAAAAUGAAAUACCAAAACCUAAUGAAACCAAUGAAGUUAAACAUUUACACCCUCUUAAAGACAAACAUACGAAGAUCUCGGAAAAAAUUCGAACACAUAGAGAAAGUAAAGCACAAAAUUUAAAGGCGCUCGUAGAAACUGGAUUUGGCUCAAUAGAAAUACAAGAAACUGAUUUAGGUAUAAAAUACGAUGUCAGUGACGGCAGUGACGUACCAGUUGAAAUAUACAGAAAGGGAAUCGUAGAUAAUGAUGAAAAUAAUUAUUCAAGUAAGAGGGAAGAAGAAAAGCGAAGCAAAAGGGAAAUCGAUCUAAAACAAUUUUUCGGCGACGAUUCUUUAGCAUACAAAAUCUUUGGCAGUAGAAGAAAUGACAUGCUAAAUGCAUAACACAAUAAAUAACAAAUUAUAGUGAAUUGGACUCAUUAUCUUUAAAUGAUACCCAUGAUAAGGAACAGGAUGCCCACAAAGAUAGACGAAUUAAAAAAAAAUAAUGAUCAAAAUUACUAAAUUCUAAGUGUUUAGUGUCAUUGUGAAGCGUCAUGCCAAAUAUUACUUCUGAUUAUUAAGAAAUAAUUUAGUUACCUCAAAUAUGUACAUUACGAUACGUUUGAUCUUUUAUAACUGUACCCAUAUAAUUAUAACCUAUAAAAGAUUGAAAUUGGAAUUUGGUUUAAAAAAAUCUUUUAGUGAAGAUAUUAUAUUUUUCUAUUUUGGAAGGAGGAGAAGGUGUUUUAUGUUCGGUAUUCGGCAGGUUCACAUUUUCACUUCCAAUGCGGGUAUACGUCUUCAAAAAUACUGCCGAAUAUUAAUUUUAGUAAAG